AUGAUCAUAACGUAUGUCGUACACGUCUGUGGAAUGUUCAGAAUUGCAAGUUAUCGCAUACAACGAGCAUUAUCGAGUGAUGUUCUUCGGAAAAUCGGUCCAAAAGAAGGGAUAAAGAUUCAUAAGGAAAUCAUUUAUGCUGUGGACAUUCAUCGAAAGGCUAUGAAAUAUUGCGAAUUGCUGCUAUCCAGUUUUGAGGGAAUGAAUAUGUUUUUAAUAGUGUUCGGCGUGCUCUCUUUAAGUCUUAAUUUAUUUCGAGUCUUUCAAAUUAUGUCAUUCGGUGGCGACAUAGAUGAGUUCUGUAUGCAUUUCACUUAUGCAUUUAUUGAUAUCGUAUAUAUGUUUUUAGCCAACUAUGCGGCACAAGAAAUUACGAAUCACAACGACCACGUGUUUGUAACCACAUACCACGUCCAAUGGUACGCAGCACCUUUACACAUUCAGAGAAUGAUACUGUUUCUCUUGCAAAGGGGCACCAAGACCUUCACCAUCACCAUUGGUGGACUACUAAUAGGAUCCAUGGAAAGUUUUACCUCGCUAAUUAGCGUGUCCCUAUCCUACUUCACUGUCAUUUAUUCUACUCAAAACUGA